AUGUCUCAAUGGCAGUCCUCGCAGCCGCCGACGGCAGAGCAGCUACUUUCAAAUGUGAGACAGCUCGUGAACCAACCAAAAUUUCAAUCCCUAUCUGGUCGUCGAGAUCCUUAUGAUGAUACCACGGUACAAUACACCGAGAUCAUCGAUUCCCUGUCCGACAUGCUUAGCCAAUUUCCACAAGCAACAGUCUCUGCGAGUCCAAAAGAGCUCAAAUUACCCGUCGAGAUUGCCUAUCUAUCACUGGAUGCCAUCGAACGGGUCAGUUACAGGAUGGAAGGAGCGCUUGUCGGGCAGGAACGAAAUUGCACCUGGAAACUCCUAUCCUGCAUUGCAAUCCUUGAUCGCUGGGACCAGAAGAACACUAGGGUAUUCCAAGAGUUCAAAAGUCUCCGGACAAAAGUAAUGGAGGGGCUCGCACGAGUGUACCAGAUAAGAAAAGGGGAAUCCUUCACCCUCGAGACGAAGCAAAGUGAUGGAUUAGUGGUGAUCAACUCCUGCCUGGAUAGUGCCUUGGAGCUCCUUGGAGAAAUCAUAACGCAGGACCAAAUGGAGUUUCCGUGGAUCAAUAGUAUACCUGGCGAACCUCGGUCCGUCCAAGUUACCCCACAGAAAAUGGAGUCGAGUAACCCGUUCCAAAUAAUCAUACAUGACCAAAGUCACGCCCACAUCUUUGCCGCGAGUCUUUCACAGGCUCUAGCCAGAAUCAUGGCUGCCUGCGGCCCAAUGUCGUUUACCAAUGCAAGGCACCUCCGGAAGGCCAUAGACUUGACCAACAAAUUAGGGAAGAUAUCUCUACCAACUUUCGAUCCUGAAACAGUCCUUGUCCUUUCACGGUUAUUGGACGCGAUAGAGCAGCUCGCACAACUGUCUGAUGACACGCUAAAAUUGAUGCAACCCGCAUUAGUCUCUCUACUCCUUGGGACAAUGUCCCAUCUCAACCAACCAGAAUGGGAGCCGAUCCUUACCGUAUUGAGGCCUCUUCUGGACAAAGCUCUCCAAAAGCGAUCGCUAUCUUUCGAAGCCGUUGACAAGAGUCAUAUUCGGGACCUUAUUAUCGCUGGAGAGGUGACUUCCCCCAGUGAAUCCACGCGCGCACUUGUCUUUACCUAUCUUUCACGGUACUGCUCUCGAUGUCCGCGUUCCGUAUUAGAAGAGAUGGAAAGGCUAUGUCACAACCAUAUGGAAGUGCCAGAGGUCGACCAUCUGCGUGAAAUAGUCCACCAGCGUCUCAACACGCCCGUUCCACGAGUCGACAACCCCCUUUCUGUGGACUGGGAAACGGAAAGUGAGAAACAGAUUCGAUCCCUUUUUGACAUGGAGCCUUACCAUGGGAUGGACAUCGACGGAAACCAAUGGCAAACACAUAUUCUGGCUGGAGUAGACGAGUUAUUCUCAAGGCAUGUUUCUUCUUCACUGGAUCUUCCCGAUAAGACCGUCGCCGGUCGACUGAGGUUGGCAAGAGCGAUGCUCCAGCUUCCCUCACUUCUUAUCUCGCCCCAAGAAAGAGAUUCAGACAAAAGAACGGAACACGCUCUUAUUAAUCUCUAUGGGACAGCACUAGCCCAACUCACACAAGGCGCUGACGCCGAAGUCACCGCAGAGAUUUGGCGGAUCUCGUAUGCUGCUUUCCUCGAAGCCAUCAACCGAGGAAAGGUCGAAGAAAAGGAUAUAGAGCAGGUAGAAAUGCGAGUUGCGAUUCCGGCUUUCAGUCUUGGCUUGGAGCAUAAGAACCGGCCGGUUAGGCUGGCUGCUGGUCGCGCGUUGGCAGCCUAUUACAAAUACUACCAAGGCCGGGAUGACACUGCAAUUCUUCGCACUCAGAUUAUCGCAGGUUACUUGGAGGGCUUAGUGCAGACGCAAAGCACUCACAUCGUAGAAACGACCAUUUGCACUCUGGGAUGGAUAGCCGAGUUUGCUGAUCCAGCUGCUCUAUCUACGGCUCUAUUUCCGCUGAUAUGUGUAUUGGGCCACCAAAAUCCGGUCAUCAGAGGAACUGCAUUUCAACAACUAGCCAGACUAUCCAAGCGUUCCAAGUCCCCUUACAGCCUUGUGGCUCCGGACAUCUCACGUAUCGGCUUCCAUAUCGCUUCGCACUGCGUCCAGAACCCUGCGCUGAUGGGCGAGUUUUGUCGAUUCAUCUCUUACCCUCCUUCCAGUCUUUUCUCCCAGACACUGACGAGCUUCUUACCGCACCUCGUCGCAAACUGUCGGGCAGAGGAAUUAGCAACAAUCACUAAGCUUAUGGAUACAAAUCUAGCUGCUUUAAUCAUAGACAAGCCAGCGGAGGUGUUGGAGGAAGUCUUCAUGCUAAAGGAGACCCGCGCUAUGGAAAACGCUCUCGAAUUUAUUGUUCGAAAUCUUAACAACAGGAAUAAUCUUACUCAGACUAAGCUUGGCAUAGCCAGUUUAGUCAGAAGCAAACUUUCGACGCUACUGGGGAGGUUGGUGAUUCGCUUUGGAAAUGCGACUCCUGAAGACGACAAAGCGAUCCUGAAAGCCAUCGAGAGGACAGAAAAGUACUCGACAUCGGAGGCGAAACGUACUCCCAGUCGCCCUGGAUCGUUUCUGCAGCAGCACAUUAUGGCGAUUGUCACCCACCUCAAUAAUGAACUUCAGGAUGUUCACGGAAAGCGGUCUGUUGAUACCAAGCAAUGGGUGCUCUAUGGCCUUCGCCGUGUCAUGAUGCUCAUCGGUGAAUCUAUUGCAGUUGUUGCACCACAGUUGGUCGCAAUCAUGCAAAACACUAUACGUAUCGCAGGCUUGACGAGUGUGACUGUCGAGGUGUGGCAGGAGUUUGCGAGUAUAAUGAGCAUUUCCGAUUUUGGGCCAUACGUCCCAUUGACAUCCGCCAUAUUCGUGGCAUCAUGGCAUCUUUUCGAUCGGCAAGCCAAGAGCGCUGCCCGAGGCGUUCUUCUGCAUAUAUUGGAGCAUGCGGAUGCACUUUCGGAGCACUUGGAAUCACUGGCCUCGUUCAAGUCCGUCCACGACCUUCACGACAUUUCCAGCCAACUGAGUCGCGUCCUAUCAUCACCCCCCUUGACAAGCCAACUCUACAUUCUUGCAAAGCGGAUUGCGGAUAUGAAUCCCUCCAUAUCUUAUCUCGGUGUCUUGGAGGCGCGACAGGUAGUAUCAGACUCUUCUCGCUUCCUCCCCCUCGUGACAGGAGACAGCUUUGAUCCAUCUGUCGGAGCCCUGAUCAAGUCUUUACAUUUGCUUGCCGGUCGUGAGGGCGACGUAUAUGACGAGGCUCGCCAAGUGGCGUACGAAACUAUUGGAGUCAUUGGAGCAGUCGAUCCAGAUCGGUUCUCUAUCCCUAGCGACCCACCAAACUAUCUCGCCACCUUCUGCGAUUUCCAAGACGAGAAGAGCGCCCAAGAGUUUGCGGCCUAUUUAAUUUCUGAGGUCCUUGCGCCUAUAUUCCCCAAGACAAGUGAUAUCAGAUUUCAAAACCUCCUCGCCUAUACGCUACAGGAAUUGCUGGCAUUUUGCGGGUUUUCAGAGCUUGCCAUGUCUCGUGACGGGACUAGCACUAUCCCUGCGAAAACGAGACACCGUUGGUCUAAUCUUCCGAACGAUGUCCGUGCUAUGGUCGCGCCAUUGCUCAGCUCCAGGUUCACAAUCGAAGGAUCUCUGGAGGUUCCGACAGUGUACCCUAUCUACCCUUCAAUAUCCACUUACAAGGAGUGGAUUCAAAAGUUUGCGUCUUAUCUCAUCUCAAGAGUCGAUAGCGGGUUCGCUGGUCAAAUAUUCCAACCAUUCCGUUCCUUACUCGGCUCAGCCGAUGUCCAAGUUAUCCUUUCUGUCCUCCCUCAUCUAGUGGUUGAGGUUUUGGGCCGAGGAGACGUAACGGACUUUAAUAACAUCCACGGCGAGAUAAUAGCAGUUCUUCAGGAUCAGCUCACCCAAAGCUCUGGACACUCGUCCGAAAUGAAAUUACUCUGCGCUCAGACAGUGUUCCAUCUCAUGGAUCACCUUAAUCGGUAUCUUCGUGUCACUGCCUUGUUGCUCGGACAGAAUCGAAAGCAGAGGGGGACUUCCAUCAUUGAAAACAGGAAGUUGGUGGAAUUCCUCACGACUCGAAUAGAUCAUGGCCUCAUGGCGCAAGCGGCUUUCACCUGCAAACAAUACGCUCGCGCGUUGAUGAGCUUGGAACAAAGAGUGCUCAAAGCGAGGCCAGAUCAUUCACAAUCAGAUGAAGUCUUGCAAAGUGACUACGAAAAGAUGCACGAGAUUUACGCCAAGUUGGAUGAGCCUGACGGCAUGAACGGCAUCUCUACCUCGGUCCUCAUUCCAACGCUCGAACAUCAAAUUAGGGAGCACGAAAGUAAUGGCCGGUGGACUUCUGCUCAAAGCUGUUGGGAGGUCAGUUUGCAGCAGAACCCAAACAAUCUUACGUCACAAAUCGGCCUCCUACGCUGUUUGCGUAACCUGGGACAUUAUGACACCCUAAGGACGCAUCUCGACGGUAUUAUGACUCGGAAUCCAGAGUGGCAUACGGCAGUCGAGUCUUUCCGUCUUGAAGGUGCAUGGACCGCUCAUGAUUGGGGAUCCGUGGAGAAACUUGUCAAUGCGUCGACACAGUCAUCACCCGAACUUACCAUGGCGCGCAUCCUUCUCGCUCUACGCGGUCGGGAUAGCCGAACGAUCGCUGAAGCUAUGACACAGGCAAGGUCAGAAUUCGGGCAACCGAUAGGGUCUUCUGGACCCUACUCGUAUCGGAGAUCAUAUGAGGCCUCUCUUUCGUUACAUAUUGUGGAGGAGCUGGGAAUGAUUUCCAAAGUCAUGGCCGAGAUAUCAGUCAAUCAUCACAGUGGACGAACGCAAAAGCUUACUGCCUUAUCAAGAUUACUCGACACUCGGUACCAAUCGGUACUGCCUUCUUACCGAACGUUGGAGCCCAUUUUGAACAUUCGAAGAACUGCGUUUGAUCUCUUGAAUAAAGACAUCCAAUCGGUAGACUCCAUAGUCGGGCAAUACUGGCUGGUUUCAUCGAAAAUCGCCCGCAAGGCGGGCCACUUCCAGGCAUCCUACAGCGCUCUACUGCAGGGUAGACAAAGGGAUGCGCCUUACCACUUCGUGCAGAGUUGCAAGUUACUGGAGAGCGGUGGAGAAUCUAUUCGGGCCCUGCAGGAACUCAACAAUGCUCUGAUGAAUCCGAAUCAAGUCAUCGACCUGACCGAAGAUGAUGAUGUCAAAUCAAGAGCAAAGGCAUGGCUUCUGAGAGCAAAAUGGAUGCAAGCAUCAGAGCGAUUUUCAAGACCCGAACUCAACGCACAGUUUAGUCAGGCUGCCACCAUUGAUACACAAUCUGAAGCCGUGUUCUUCUACUGGGCGCUGUAUCUUGACCGCUCUCAGAAACAUAAGGAAAUUCCAAGUGAUCACCUUGAAGAAUACGUGAACCACAUCGAUCACGUCGUACGCAACUAUGGAAAAUCUCUGCAAUUUGGAUCGAAGCACCUCUAUCAGACCGUGCCUCGGCUACUGACCCUGUGGCUGAACCUUGGUCAACGUCCCGAGCUCAAGGUCAACAAAGGAAUGUCUACUGCUGAUCAUCCUCACCGAGCUGCACUAUCUAAAUACGGGAGGCUCUGUGAGUGGAUGAAGAACGACCUCAUAAAGAAUGUGGAUCCCUUUAAGUGGCUGACGGCGUUUCCUCAAAUCGUCUCGAGAAUUGUCGUGGAGAGCGCGAUGCUCAAGACCUCGUUAUACGCUAUCCUCGGCAAAGUAGUCCAAGAAUUUCCGCAACAGUCACUAUGGAUCAUCUCAGGGGUGCAAGCUUCGGCGAAGAAGGAGCGAGCAGAGGCUGCCUCUCGAGCCUUGGGCUUUAGCUUCAAUACUCGCUUUAUCCCCGAAACUUUGACCAGUGAUGAGCGAGUCAGAAUCCUCGCACUCAUCAAACGAGUUCAACCUUUGAUCGCGACGUACAGUCGCCUCAACGCAGAGCUGCUUCACCUCUGCAAUUUUGACGUCGAAAACCUAAGUCAGCACCAACUCCAUAUCAAAUGCCCGGAACUGGCCCGAAUGGAUUUGCGGCAUGUCAUCGUUCCCUUGCAAGAUUCGUUCACUACCAAGAUUCCGCCGAUGUCGAGCAUCCUUUCGCAGCAUCAGCCGUUCCCUACGUCCUUGCCAACAAUCCGUGGAUUCUCUGAUAUCAUCAAGGUGAUGCCUUCUCUCCAAAGACCGCGCAAGAUUGGAGUGGUUGGGAGUAAUGGAGAAGAGUUCAACUUCUUGUGUAAACCCAAGGACGACCUACGAAAGGAUGCGCGAUUGAUGGACUUUAAUGCCGUCGUAAACAAACUCCUUCGAGCGAAUUCUGACUCACGAAGGCGUCAACUACACAUUCGGACUUAUAGCGUCGUUCCUCUUAAUGAAGAGUGCGGAUUGAUUGAAUGGGUUCGCAAUACCAGCCCGUUUCGAGAACUUCUCAAGCCGCGAUACGAUGCAUUGGGCGUGGGAUUUUCUUCGAAGAAAGUACAAGAAUACUUUGACAGAUUCAAACAAAUGACACCCGAAGCGGCAGCAGCAGCGUUCAAAGCCAAGAUACUCCCAGAAUUUCCACCAGUAUUUCAUGAAUGGUUCCUUGAAACAUUCCCCGAACCGACGGCGUGGUUCACUAGUCGACUUGCAUAUUGUCGCACCGCUGCGGUGAUCUCCAUGGUGGGCUACAUUAUUGGUCUAGGGGAUCGACACUGCGAGAACAUCAUGUUUGAUACCGUCACGGGUGAGACAGUUCACUGCGACUUCAAUUGCAUCUUUGAAAAGGCAAGCCUGAUCAUUGUCCAAUCCACGGGCAAACAACUUGAAGUUCCCGAGCUGGUUCCAUUCAGAUUGACCCAAAAUAUCGUGUCGGCAAUGGGCAUUACUGGCGUUGAAGGCUGUUUCCGCAUUUCGUGCGAGAUUACGAUGAAGUUGCUCCGUUCGAACCAAGAUUGUCUCAUGAGUGUCCUGGAGGCGUUUAUUCACGAUCCACUGGUUGAAUGGGAGCACGAGCGGAGACGAAAGGAACGACAUCGUAGCAGCAAUACCAACAGGCCCGUUGUAGACCUAAAGACACUUGCUGCAGGGGCGCUCGAGCCGAUUGAACGAAAGCUCCAGGGCUUGGAAGGCGAGACGCAGAUUUCAGUCAGUAAUCAGGUCGAGAAAUUGAUUCAAGACGCUACGUCGUUGCUCAAGCUGAGUAAAAUGUACGUGGGUUGGAGCCCAUGGAUGUAA